CUUCUUCUUUUUCAUUUAUUAUUCUUCCGACAAUGACGAAGCUGGUUUGUUGUUCCAUUUACAGGUUAUACCUGUGAAGUUUGUUACAGGUGACCUAUCAUCUUUGAUGUGAACGCAAGGAAAUCCAAGAUGGCCACCACCCCAGAACAAUGCAGCUGGGAGAGCUUUUGUGGACACAGCUUAUUAUUUUGUUAAGCACACAGAAAUCACACUGGACAUUUGACUCAGACUCAGCUCUCACACGGCUGAGAAGAAAAGCUCACGAUGAUUACGUUGAAAGCCACAGAGGUUCGAUCUCGGAUGAAGAUCUUGAAGCAGUUCUCUUUACUUAUGAAGAGGAAUAUAUACUUGCCCGUCAUUAUGAGUUCAUCAUGAAAGAAUUCUGCAAUCGUUUCCAGCCACCAAUGCCUAAAUAUGUUUUGGGAACAGCCAUGACAUAUUUCAAAAGGUUUUAUCUUUACAAUUCAGUUAUGGAUUUCCACCCUCGUGAUAUCACGUUAACAAGUGUAUAUUUAGCAAGCAAAGUGGAAGAAUUCAAUGUGUCUAUCAACCAAUUUGUUGGGAAUCUGAAAGGAGAUCGGGACAAAUUUGCUAAUGUCAUUCUUGGAUUUGAAUUGUUGCUCAUGGAGAAGCUGUCUUAUCAUUUAACUGUGCACAAUCCUUUCCGUCCUCUGGAAGGUUUUCUCAUUGAUAUGAAGACAAACUGUCAGACUUGUAGUGAUCCAGAAAUACUGCGACCACAAGCUGAAGAAUUUUUAGAAAAAUCCAUGUUGACUGAUAUUUGUCUGUUGGUUUCCCCAGCCCAGAUAUCAUUAGCUGCUAUUUUGGACAGUUGUUCUUUAAAAAACAUUGAUAUUAUGAGUUACGUCACAUCGGUUUUAAUGAAAGGAGCUGAAUCCGACCAGAAGAAACGAGCAAUGCAACAAAUUAAAUUAAUUCAAAUAACGGUGAACAAUCAGAACAGCUUGAAGAGGGAACACAUCCGACAGUUGGAGAAGAAGUUGGAAAAAUGUCGUAAUCAGGAAAACAAUCCGGACAGUGAAGUUUACAAGAAAAAAAUGCAAGAGAUGUUUGAAGAUGAAAAACUCUAGUGUUUACUUCAGACUUUUGGUGACAUACUUGGGAAACAUUGGUCAAAGUUUGAUGUAGGACUCAUUAUAUUGUAGGGGUUGUUGGGUUAUCACUUUGUCUUUGGCAUCAACUGGGAAUUAUCCCAAACUUACUUGAAAAAAGAAAACAAUUCAAUAACUGAGGAAUACUUUCCAUUGACCUUUUAAAAAUACUAUUUUUCUAUUUCUUCUGAAGUCUGUUAGACCUCAAUCAUAUUGAGUUGGCCAUUUAUAUAUAUUAUAUAUGUGGUUUAUAUUUGUUGUCUCAAGUAAUUCAGGAUUGAACACUUUAUAGAUCUGCAAGGGCUGAGCUGGUAACACAUUGGAUUCGUUUCUUAUGAAGCAGAGGUUCAAUCCCUAUCGUAGUCGACUGAAUUAUUGAAGACAUACUUCAUUAUAGUGACUUUAAUUAAACAACCCAUUCCAUAAACCAGUAUCAAAACUCACGACCGAAAUACCAGCUGAUGGAAACUGGAGUGUGGCAGUAAAACAUACAAUUUAUAUUUAUCUUUACGUAAAUUAGUUUUUCCAGAUUUAAUUCUUGUAAUGAGUUAAAUUCAUUUGUUGAACCAAAGAACAUAAUUUAAUAUUUCAAAAGUAAGAGACAAGCACAAAAUUGAGGAACUGUUUUCAAAGAGAUAUUUUUCUUUUAUAAUUUCUUCUUUAUAAAUAAAAUGCUUUACCUUUUUUUAUAUCUGUUCCACUCAACAUUCCGCUUAUUGAGAUGUAAAAUUAAUAAAAUAAAUUAUUUUCAUAAAAAUGAAA